AUGGGCUGCUGGUCUUACUUUGGAAAAAUUGGAGGACAUCAAGCAAUAGGCCUGGUGAAAAAUGGUUGCAUGAAUAAAGGAGCAAUUCAGCAUGAAAUGAACCACGUGCUGGGUUUCAUCCAUGAGCAGGCACAGAGUGAUCAGGACAGGUUUGUCAAGAUUAUGUGGCAAUACAUUUUGGCAGGAACAGGGGAACAAGGGAACUUUGGAAAAGUGCAUGCCAAAAAUCUGGGCCUUCCCUAUGACUGCCCUGCAGUGAUGCACUAUGGCAUGUAUAAUUUCUCCAGCACUCCAGGAAAACCAACUAUUGUACCAGUUCCUGACCCCUCUAUACCCAUUGGGCAGAGAGAAGGGCUGAGUAACUUGGGUGUAGCUCAGAUCGACAAGCUCUACAAUUGUAAUUGCUGGAGCUCUGUGUUGCCUAAAUCCAAAGACUUAUUCUCCUCUCUCAGUUACCCAUUCCCAUCCCCAAAAAAUAGCAACUGCCUAUUUUUGUCUUCUUCUUUCUCAAGAUUUUCCCUACAGUUCAAGGCUUUUGAUCUCCAACCCUUGCCAGACUGUUCUUCUGACUGUAUAAAAAUUUACAAUGGAAACAGCAAUUCCCUUGUCUUGCUGGACAAAUCCUGUGGAAAGGGGCCACUGCCCUCUUUAGUGGCAUUUGGAUCUAUGAUGUUGGUGGAGUUUGCAAGUGAUUAAAGCACCAAAGCUAGAGGAUUCAGAGCUUCCUACAGCAGGGCUAUGAACAUCCCUUUACAAGGCUUGGAGAAUACCAUUAAUGGCAUUUGUAUGAAAGAACUGAGAAUUUGA